AUGCGAGUUCAGAGUUUUGUUAUUUUUCUUUUAUUUCUAUUUGUUCAUGGUCGCUAUGCUCCGGGACCUGCCAUUUUCCCAUUAAACCUGUCUGCCGCCGAUGAGAGUAUUGGGGAAUUACAGACUACGUUGGACGAUGCCGUGAACUCCUUGCUGCUUAGCAGUAGCAAAGGUGGUAUCAGAUUGUCAGACGAGGGGGUAUCUUCGUGGGCAGUGCAGCUUACAUCUUCAGAAGAGACGCUCUGGAGCUCAUUCCAUACUCCCAACGCGCUGUUAAAAGACGAUGAUAUGAAGCAAACGAAAGUCGAUGGGGAUACAACCUUUCGCAUUGCCAGUAUAUCAAAAACCAUCACAGUAUAUGCUUUGCUUCGCGAAAAUUCUAUUAACCUUGAUGAUCCUGUGACUCUUUACAUACCGGAGUUGAUACAGGGAGUGCAAGAGCCGUGGCUUGUCCAUUGGGAUCAGGUAACGUUAAGGUCACUGGCAUCUUUCCUUAGUGGAAUGCCUCGUGAUACUGGUGGUCCUUGUUUUGUAUGGCGAGAACUGUCUGAACUGGGGUAUAAUCUAGGUGGCGAUAGUGUAGAAUCACCACUGGACACGGCUUCCUCAAUCAAAGUCCUAGAGAACAAAUCUUGUACCGCCUUAGAUGUCAUUGACAGGGCUCGGGUUGCUCCACGCGUCUUUGCUGUUAAUGACCGACCUACGUACUCCAACGCCGCGUUCUCUCUUUUGGGAAUUGUCCUGGAGCGAGCCACUGGACUUUCAUUUGAGGAAGCCGUCAGGAAGUCAAUUCUAGAUCCGUUAGAAUUGAGCAACACUACGACGCAAACACCGCCUAAAAGCAAGGGAAUCAUUCCCCCGAUUUCGAAUCACUGGGACACACUCCUCGGAGCUGCUGAUGCUACACCUAACGACAUGUCCAAAUAUUUGCGCUCUAUCCUGAACGCCGAGUUGCUUCCCAGAAACACCAUAAAUGCGUGGCUAAAGCCUCACUCGUGGACCAAUUCCGGCACGUCUACAGCCUAUGGUUUGGGAUGGGAGUUUCUUCGGACAACGCGUCUUACUUACGAUGGACGACCUCUUGAAAUCAUAUCGAAGGCCGGGGCUCUGCACGGUUAUCACUCAUGGGUAAUGCUACUGCCUGAAUUAGGUCUUGGUCUAUCAGUCAUGGUAGCUGGAACAGUCAACACAAUGGAGGCCAUAAGGGAGACCGUCGUUACAGCCUUGAUACCUCCCAUUGAACUGAUUGCGAGGAAGCGGGCCAUAGCUCGGUAUGCAGGUGUGUACCGGGUUGACAACGUGAAAAACGAGUCGCACAUACGCAUCUCUGUUGAUGAAAAUGGCCCCGGGAUCUAUAUUGCAGAAUGGGUGUAUAAUAACAGAGACAUUUUAUCUCUCUACGGCGCCGUGGAAGGAAUGCCAACCCAGAGAGCAUCAUGGACCGCAAAACUCAUACCUGCGAAUCUUCCAGGGACGGGCAGUAAUCUUGAGAUGUGGAGAGUGAUAUGUUUAAGUAAAUAUGAGACGGAUGGAAAGGACAAUUUAUUUGGGGAUUUCCACUUGACAGAUAUAGACGAUAUCAACUACGGACAGCACGGACUAGGGGACAUUCGAAUCGUACUUGAUGAGAACUCGCAUGCGUCCAAGAUUGACAUUCCAGCACUAGGAAUGAAGCUGCGAAGAAUCACUUAUGAGCCAAAUAGAACAGAGGAACCGUCAAAUCUGGCAGGCUUCUAUCCAUCGUUUGAACUCUGA